AUCCUAUUGCUCGUGGUGGGUUUGGGGAGAUCUGGAAAUGUACUUUUUACAUCGAUCGUAGUUCGGUCAAAGUCGCAGUGAAAGCAUUGCAGAUGUAUGUUGAUGAUCAACUUGGGCCAGCGAAGAUGAAAAAGAUGAAAAGGAUCAAGCGUGAACUCAGGAUAUGUGCCAACCUCAAGCAUGCGAAUAUUUUGCGCGUUUAUGGUUAUACGCAUGGCUUCGGCCCAUUUCCAGCGAUAGUCAGUCCUUGGGCGGAGAAUGGUAAUCUGACAGUCUAUUUGGAGCGUGAGGGUGCGGCUCUGACUCUCGUUCGACGAUUCCAGCUGCUAAGAGAUAUCAUAGCUGGUCUGCAAUAUCUUCACGUUAACAGUGUCAUCCACGGUGACUUCAAUGGACCUAAUGUGCUCAUCCGUGGUGACGGCACUGCAUGUAUUGCUGACUUCGGUCUUUCCUUGAUGUAUUCCGAGGUCAUAAGUGCCUCUCAGGCUUCUUGGACGUCCACGCUCAAAGGAAACACGCGAUGGAUGGCUCCUGAACUUCUUGUACUAGAGCGGGAAGACGGAUCUCCAACUCAUCCGAGCGAGCAGAGCGACAUCUUUUCGUUCGGCGGUAUCAUGUUGCAGGUCCUCAGCAACAAAAUUCCUUAUUAUUACCUCGCGAAUGAUGCUGCAAUUGUACUAUGCAUAGCUAGGUCGGAGAAGCCUUUCCGAUCUCGUUAUCCUGAGCUCCCUGAAAAGUAUUGGGCAUUUAUCGAGCAGUGUUGGUCUACUGAUCCUCGGGACCGUCCAUCGACGGAGGGAGCUGAUGUGACGAUCAGGAAUGAAUAUUACUCGCUGUUGAGAUCUCGUUGAUUCUUGAACUGCUCUGUAUUCAACAACUUGUUUACAGUACAACCAACAAGAUAAGGCACAGUAAGAUAAUGCUGUUACCUGUACUGUAAACGUAGGCUCACUCCCAGACAUUUCCUGCAAUGUGAUAUGAGAUUACUAGUUGCUCGUCUA